AUGCCCCCAGAUCAUCUUACGCGGCUACUCGCUCAGCCCCAUUGCCAUCACGAUGCUUCGAGUUGUCGAAACGAGCAGCGGCGGCAUUGCCAGCGGCGGCUUCAACGAGUCGUUGCCGUCGCGUCGUUCGUCGCGCUCUGCGCGUCGCUCCCGCCGCCAGCGACGGUGCGUGCUGACGUCAUCCAGCCGCUGCCGGGGCUCGCCACGGCCGAUGACGUGGCGCUUGCUGAGAGUACGUCGCG